AUGGGCGUCAACGGCCUCUCGCGCUUCAUCACCACCCACGGGCUCAAGACCCCCCACCCCCUGGAGGCCUUUGCCGGCACCGCCGUGGCCAUUGACACCAACCACCUGUGCAUGCGCUACAAGCGCGCCUCCGGUCGGUACUGGAAGUGGAACGUUAAACGCAUCGACCGGCUCUUCCAGGAAAACGACAUCAAGGCCAUCUACGUGAUCGACUCGCGACACAACCCGGACAAGGGCGCCCACCGAGCCGCCGCCGCCGCCGCCAGCGAGUCCGGCGAGUCCGGCAAGGGCAAGGGCAAGGGCAAGGCCAAGGGCAAGCCCAAGAAGGCCCGCAAGCCCAAGGCGAGGCCCGCGUACACGUUCGUCCGGACCCUCGUCGGCCGCACCCGCUUCGUGGUGGCGCCGGCCGAGGCCGAGGCCCACUGCGCCACCCUGCAGCGGGCCGGCAUAGUGGACCACGUCAUGAGCGGCGACAGCGACAUCUACGCGCUCGGCUGCGGCUCCGUGCUCAACGACAUUUCCUGCAAGGGCGACUCCGCCACCGUCAGCCAGGUCCUGCUCCCCUCCUUACUCGCCGCCGCCGGCGGUCUCACCGCGGACCAGUUCCGCGACGCGUGCGUGCUCUCGGGCACCGACUUUGACGCCGGCCUGCCCCGCACCGCCAUGGUCAGGGCCAUCAAGCUUGUCCAGACCCACUCCGACAUAAACGCGGUGCUCGAGCAGUACUCGGACACCAACAUGGUGAAGCGCAUCCUCAAUGCCAGGAAACACUUUGACCUCGCCUAA